UUUUUAAAAUGCAACUAGCUUCAAAAAACUACUACCAAAGCAAAAGGAAAUGGCUUCUAAUCAUUCUCUUAAUUCGAGAAUUAUAAUUUUGGAAUGCUUGGUUUUGGUACUCAGCAUAUGUUUAAUUAGCAGCUUGUAUGGAAUUAGUGAUCCACACUUAAAUUUGGAUUACUAUAAAUCAACUUGUCCUUCUGUGCUAGAAAUUGUGAGGAAAGAAAUGGAAUGUGCCUGUCUUUCUGAUCCUCGUAAUGCUGCUUUGAUAUUGAGAUUACAUUUCCAUGACUGCUUUGUUCAGGGUUGUGAUGGUUCGGUACUAUUGGAAGAUACAGUGACUUUACAAGGAGAAAAGAAUGCAGCCAACAACAAGAAUGCAUUGAAAGGAUUCAGAAUUAUUGAUAGAAUUAAAAACAGGCUUGAAUCAGAGUGCCCUGGAAUUGUUUCUUGUGCUGAUAUUCUUACUAUAGCUGCCAGAGAGAUCUUUGUUCUUCUCGUAAGACCUUAUUGGGAUGUUCCAUUAGGCAGAAAAGACUCAAUAAAGGCAGGAUAUGCCUUAGCUGACACAAAUCUACCAACUGCUGAUGAAGGCCUUCUUUCUAUUAUUUCUAAGUUUAUCUCACAAGGACUUUCUGUCACUGAUAUGGUUGCUCUUUCUGGUUCGCACACAAUUGGGAAGGCUCGUUGUGUGAAUUUCAAGAAGAGAAUUUAUGGUGAUUUCCCAAUGACAACUUCAUUAAAUCCAAUUUCUCAAUCAUACCUCAAAAAUUUGAAAUCACUAUGCCCUCCUAUUGGAACUGAAUCAGACAACAAUGAAACAGACAUGGACUAUGUCACACCCAAUUUAUUUGACAAUUCUUAUUACCAUGUUUUGCUUAGAGGAGAAGGACUCAUCAAUUCUGACCAACAACUUUAUUCAAGUUUCCUAGGAAUUCAAACAAAGAAACUUGUUGAGAAAUAUGCUGCAGAUCCGAUUGCGUUUUUCGAGCAAUUCGCGGAGUCUAUGGUGAAACUGGGAAACAUUACGAACCCCGAGACUUACGUGAAUGGUGAAGUCAGGAAGACCUGCAGGUUCGUGAACACAUAAAGGGUCAGGGUAUUUUGUUUUUUUUGUUACUUCAUGAAAAAAAAGUUUAAAAUUUCACAUUAAUGUAACACAGAAUAAUGAGAAUUUAGAAUUGGGAAUAUAAUUCUCUCUUUGGUUCAUUCUA